AUGAUUGAGCACAGAUCAGACACUGUGUUCCUGCGCGCUGGCAAGACUGCAACAUGAGGACACAGGGAAGAUUACUGUUCUGCUGGCUUUGUCUUCAAGUGAUGUUCGCCACUGUAUUGUCCGAUGUGUGGAAGGCAGAGGUUGUCUCUGAAUUGAAAACGCUGGUCUCUUCUUGUGUUGUGGUGCCCUGCAAGUUCCAGUACCCUGGAAGACAACUUCCAGACUCGCGUAUUAGGGGAAUCUGGCACAAAAAGGAUAAAAAAGAAAACAUCUAUCAUGAAGACCAUAUUGAAAUUGCAGACAGCUUCAAGGGUCGCACACGACUGCUUGGCCACUUGGGUGAAAAAAACUGCACUUUAGAGAUAGAUGAGGUCAAAAAUCAUGACAACGGCCCAUUUUGUUUCAGGGCUGAAAUCCCAGACAUAGAUAAGUAUUCUUUUGUGGAAAGCUGUGUGACCCUCUCCAUGAUGCCGGCGGCAGAGAAACCAAAGCUAGAACAAAUGAAAACCUUGGAAGAUGGAGUUCCUACUACGUUCAAGUGUUCUAUCAGACAUACCUGUCCCUCCCGUCCCCCCACCAUCACCUGGAGCCGUUCAAAUACUGAAGCCACUUUGAACAACAGGGACAUUCUUCAUGGAAACUGGGAAGUGGAAUCCUUGCUGACUUUCAUCCCAACAGAGAAGGACGAUUUCACAGACCUCACCUGCAACGUCAGUUUCCACGGCGGCCUGCAGUCUUCAGUUUCUUCUGUCUUACACGUGAAACGUAAGGCAAAUAUUUUACAUAUCGUCAUUCCAGUUGUCGCUGUGGUUGGAACUGCCUUUUUAUUUGGAGGAGUGUGUUUCUUCAUGAACAAGAAAUAUAAGAAGCAAAUCCAGGAGCUCCAGUCUAGAAGUGAAAAUGGAAUGCUAGGUCGCCUCUCAAGGAUGUCCCGCAGGUUCAGGAGUCAUCGGAGGAAUGAGCCUGCUGUGCAUAUGACCACUAAGCCAAACAACACUGUAAGCGUUGUGUCAGGAAGUGCAGGGUUUUCCAAACCUCGCUUUCCAUCUCCAAAGAGUGAACACAAAGACUACAGCAAAUCAAAGGACACAUACUCAGCAAGCUACGAUGAGGAUGAUUACACCAACCUGGCUGAGCAGAACAUCUAUGGGAAUGUCUGAUGAUCAGAUCACCUCUUUUUGUACUGCAUUUCUCAUUUUAUAUCAGUUUAUAUCCAUUCUAUUUUCAGUACCUGUUUCAGCGAAUUCCACUGAAUUUUCAAAAUUUCUGUAUAAUUCAGCAGUUGAAAAGUAAACAAAGUCAUUCAGAGUGGUUUGAUGUGAAAUAGUUCAUUUGCAGAGAAACUUACAGGCAGUUUUUGUUACAAUGGUGGUGAUGGGAAUCAGGAGUCCCGAUGUCUACAAGGCAAAUAUAGCCAUUUUGUUUACUAUCCAAAACCACCAGUGAACCUAUACAUGUCUUCUAAGUUUCUUUAUGUAACAUUGAUAAUGGUAAAAUAGUGGUAAGUCUGAAAAAAUAAGUUUUCUUUGGGGACUAUUUUGCCUAAGAAUGCCCUUCAUGCUUCCUGUCACCAUGAAUGGAUUAAAAUCAAUUGAUUAAAAUGCGUUUUAAAUCACAAAACUACCAUAAAACAAUGUCUCAGACAUCACGCAGUGUAUUCAUAACCAUCUUAUGUAAUAACGUAUUGUAAGGUAGCGUAUUGUAAGGUAUCAUUAAACUCCUCAAAUGGCUGGUUCCCAUCACCAGCACUGUGAACAACUCUUACUCUGUAAGUAUCUCUAGCACAAAGCUUUUCACGUCAAACCACUCUGCAUAAUUAAAGUUGCACUUUUAUCCACAACAUAAAAGAAAUUACAGAGAGCAGACA